AGGAAAUUAGGCCAUCGAAAUGUAUUCUCUCUCUUCUUGUUAUAAUAGUAUUAAUUGAAAUCCCCACCCAGUUUUGGUGGUUUGUGUUUUUUGUCGCUUCUCCCAUCCACAUUGUUUUUCUAUCAUGGCUUGUAUUCAUCGUUAAGCCGUGCCAAUGGAUGCCACAAGAAACCGUGGGAGGGGCAGAUUUUUGGCCUGUUUUCGGCCGCUCACCCUCGACGCCGCCGACUAUGAUCCCGUCUCCGACCCUCCUUCCGUCCAGUCCACCCCCGACAUGGGCACCCCUUCCCGCAAGAAGAAGCUUCGCCGCAGUCUAUCCGCCGCCCUCAAGGCCGUCAUCUUUCGGACCACUCUGCUGAAGAAAUCCCGGAGCGAAAAUAGCAGAGACGAAUACGCGGAUCGCAGAAUCAGCUUCUCGCCCUUCAGAGGCAAAGGAUUUAUAAAAUCGAAGAAGAAGAGCGCUUCGAGUAAACCACCGCUGGGGCCCGACUGGCCGAGCGCAAACGCUUCGCCGCUAUUCUCAACGGACGCAAGCCAAACUUCGUCGCUGUCAUCUCUCUCCGCACGCUCCUCAUCAGCGCGGUCCGAAACGGAAAGCGUUUUCACCGACCAUUUCAACCCGCCGACGAAGCGAAAGGCCAUCAAAAAAUGCAGUUACAUCAUGGAAAUAUGUGUGGUGUUGAUGUGCUUGGCCGCAUUGAUUUGGGGGAAAGUUUUUGCGGUGGUGGCUUGCACUUCAGCGUGGUUAUUCAUUGCUCCCGGACGGGCUGAGUCGUACGAGAUAGGCGACUCGGAGGAGUGUAGGAAACGGGUGAUCAUGGAAGAGCUGUUGGAGAGGGAUCGGUCUAGGGUUUUUCAGUAUUGAAAUUUUUGUUAGGUGAACAAAUUGAAAACUGAAAAUUGUAUGUAUGAUGUGUUUUCUUUUUGUUUGCCUAUUUAUUGGAUGCUGUCCUUGUUGUGAAGGAAGAGCUACUAUUAGUGGUUUUGUGCAAGUUUUGUGAAGGGGCUAAGCUAAGUUUAGCUCAUCUGUAGUUGUGAUGCGUUCUGGUGUUCGAGUAUCCAUAAUUGUACGUGAAUAUAAUCUGUAUAAUAUAUGUUUGAUCGCCUUGAACCAAUA